AUGGAAGACGCGGUAGAGGCGCACCGCACUGGGUUGGUGGUGGCCCUCUGCGGUUCCGAAAAGAAACACCGACAGUCGUUUGAAAAAAUCCGACGGUACGCUGAAGGCAUAAGAAACGAAAGUGGUAAGAAUGGUACACCUACCUUUGGCGGUGGACGCACCUUUGUCUUUGUUGAUAUGAAGUACGAUGCCCACAACCGCGAGAUGAUCACCGACGAUGAUGAUAUGAAAGUGGAUGUAGUUCUUCACAAGUUGAGUACGCUGCCGCCAGAGGCCUUCGGUGCGCUUUUGAAGUGGUGUGAGGCAACAUCAGCAAAGCGACGACAGAAACGGUUACCACCCGUUGUUGUAAUCGACCCUCCUAACGCGGCGCGAGUCGUUAUGAAGCGUUCCACAUUGGCCAAAGCUCUUGAGGGUCGACCGGUACCAUCACUUUUCCUGACACCCCGUUCGUGGUUUUGUUCUUGUGGUGGUGGAGCGCUGGAACCACUUGGGUGGCGGGACACUGAUUCCACCGUGACCCCCGAUACCACAGAGGGCAGCUGUGAGUGGUGGAUCACCAAAACAGAUCUUAGCACAGGUCCAUCCUACACUCAUCGCAUGGUCGUAUGGCAGGGACCAGUUCCAACAAAUGGCAUACCCCAAGCAGUGAUGAAACUCCUGCCCUCUGAGUCGCAAACGUACAUUGUCCAGAAGUUUUUCUUGAGUGCCCUUCCCUUUGUUCUGAAGGUGUACUGUGUGAGAGAAUACGUGGCCAUUCGAGCGGUUUCAGCCUUUUCAUUGUUACGUGCUUUGCUGGACGGCUAUUCUUCCAUAAACAGCAACAGUGAAGGUUUUCAACCUGUCUGUAUCGAUUCCCAAAAGAUAUUUGCAAAUAAGGAUGUGUGGGAUCAGCAAAACCCACAGUUAGCGCAGCAUUGGCAGCGUUAUCUUAUUGAGGGCGGGGAAGCCCACACCCAGUGCAAGGCGAUUGCUGCUCAACUGUCGCAGACGUUGCAACUGUCGCUUUUCGGUUUUGAUUUACUAUUGUUACCUAAGGAUUUACCUUCCGGUAAUCAGCCUAUACUUGAGAGCCCCAUAACUGCGGAAGCAGUGGGGGCGCUGCUGUUUGAAGAAAAAGGUGUCGGUUCCCCUACAAUUCUUCUACGCACUGCGGUGCCGAUGGUUGUAGAUGUUAAUUACUUCCCGGGUUAUGCUGGGAUGUCCGAAGUGGAACGCCGUAUAACGGAAAUGAUCGAGUCAAGUGUUGUUUCAAAAGAUUGCUAA